GGUGUCGCUUGUGUGUAGGUGUGCUUGUGUGGGUGUCAGUGGUCCGCAGGACCCGCGGCGUCAGCGUCAGGGGUCACGACCCUCUGGUGAAUCUGCGCCAGGGACCCCUUGUGGGGAUUAAACUCUAUACUGAGUCAAAAGCUGGGAUUAUCGCAUAUCUUGGAGUGCCAUAUGCUUUACCACCCAUUGGGGAACUCAGAUUUGCACCUCCAGAGAGACACCCAGGAUGGGAGAGGUCACUGUUCGCAGGCAGCUUCCAGUCCAUGUGUCCUCAACCCUUGAACCAACUAGUACCCGAUAUGGGAACACUCACUCGACAGGAUGAGUGUUAAUUAACUGUGGAAUAUAAUGUGAUGAGAUCAGCAGCUUACCUGCAGGUGUUGUACAGCCUCCAGAGAGACACCCAGGGUGGGAGAGGUCACUGUUCGCAGGCAGCUUCCAGUCCAUGUGUCCUCAACCCUUGAACCAACUAGUACCCGAUAUGGGAACACUCACUCGACAGGAUGAGGAUUGUCUCUACCUCAACAUUUGGACCACUGAUCUAGCCAUGAACUAUCGGAAUGCUCCAGUGCUCGUGUUUUUUGAAGGGGAAGGAUUUGUGGCAGGAGCCCCAUCCAGAUUUCCCGCUCAGGACUUAGCAGCCGAGGGUCUUGUCAUUGUCUCUGUCGCUUAUCGGCUGAAUGUUUUUGGGUUUUUCUGCCUAGAAGACCUAGAAGCUAGAGGAAACUUGGGCCUAUUAGACCAGUACUUGGCCCUAGUCUGGAUCCACGAGAAUAUCGCAGCAUUCGGUGGAGACCCCCGCAGUGUCACUUUGAUGGGACACUCGGCUGGUGCAACCAGUGUCAUGUACCAUAUGAUCUCUCCUCGAACUGCAAAUCUCUUCCACCGUGCUAUAGUGAUGUCUGGAAGCAUAUUGUCACCUUGGAGCCACUCCCAACACCCAGCAAACACAUCCCGUGCUAUCUCGCGCAGUCUGGGUUGUAUGGUGGUCAAUCAAACACGUCAGAUUCUGACCUGUCUGCGCAACAAGUCUACUACAGAAAUCCUUAGGGCAUUUGAAACUCAAUACAUGGACGGAAACUGGACAGAUAUGAUAUUACCUGUAACUGAUGACUUCCUGCCAGAUAUUGAGCAGUACCUGCCGAAAUCUCCGCUGGAAGCUCUACGUGACGGAUCCUUUCUCAAGAUCCCGGUGCUCACAGGAACUACCAGUCAUGAAGGGGUUAUUGCUAUAUCACACUGGGGUGGUGAUUUGCUAGCCCAAGGAUACUCCCAGCUAUUGAAGCUAUUUACCAGCUCUAUCCUACCGAUGGUUAUGUCUCGCUACGGGUUCCACAACCACAACAGCAAGGCAGAAAUAGCUGCGAUACUAAAAUGGCAGUACAUCGAUAGUGUGAAGCCAGGAGAUACACAGGGUCUCAUCUCUCAAUUAACUGAUUUCUACACAGAUGCACAGUUUAAGGCACCUCAUCUCAAACAGCUCCAGCUGCUGGCAAAAUCCGACAUCAGUGUUUAUGCUUAUCAAUUUGAGCAGAGUGGUGUGGACCUGUUUGGAAAAGAUUUUAAUAUCUCAGGAGCUGGUCACGGAACAGAGUUGGUAUUUUUGUUUGGCCCAACUCUAAUCCAGAGUUCUAUCGGUCGCAGGUUCUCCUCAGCUGAAGAGAGACUUAGCAUAGCCAUUAAAAGGAUUUGGGCUGAGUUCAUCCGACAGGGGAGUUUAGGAUCCAAUCCAUAUGGUUAUGGUUUCUCGUGGCGCAAGUAUUCUAUGGAGGAGGACAACUAUAUUAUCCUAAGGACCCAGACUACCCUACAACCUGACCGGCUCAAGCCUGACUUGGAUGUGAUGGGCAGGUACAGGAUCAGUAUGUGGAAUGAACUUCUGCCUCAGAUAAGGAAUAUAUCAGUAUCAAAGACUCCAACAGUCAAAAAUGGGGUUAAAGGAAUGCAGCUUACAACAGAUCAACCCUAUAGAAGUGCCAUGUACACACUGAUAGGAUUUGUGGUAAUUCUUCUGAUAUUGCUCAUUGUGUGUGUGAUUCUACUCAAGAGGAGAGCCAAGGAACGUGAAAGAGAUUUGUUCUGACAGUCAGCUGACGGGCCGAGCGAAGCGAACGUGAGUCCUGUUGGCCCAGUUUCCAUCACCCCUCCCCCUGCCCACUCUUGGCGAUACAAUCUCACCACGAACAAGCUUUGACUCUAGCCUCUAUCUUAGAUUCUCAUCAAUGUAUUAAAAACUUACUUUGUUAUAAAUAACGUAAUCAUUGUUUACAUGACAUGUAAUAUUAUGCCAACGGGCUAUUAAAAUAACAUUAUUUUAACCCAAGAACUGGUGAAGAAUGACAUUUUAUCAAUCUCACACAUCGCAAUGAAAUACAAUUUUGAAUAGUAACAAACAGAACUUUUCACAAACAAAAUGUUCCCAUUGGAUAUUGAAUAAAAUAAUAUCAAUUUCAAUGGUUGGGGGAUAAGACAAUACGGAUUUAUAAGUCUUGUCCAAGGACGUAGCCAGGAAGAGGAUCCAAGGUGUCCGGACCCCCCAAAAUUUUCAAUUACUUUUUUAGUAAACAAUUAUUAUUUAAAUAAUUCAGUGUUACUGACAUGUACUGCUGAAAGAUCGUUCUCAACAAAGAAACAGGUCAAGAAAUUUUUAAGGAACAAAAUGGGGCCUUACUGUCUAUCCACUACAGGAAAAUAUCAGUUGUGUAGACCCCCCAAAUUUUUUUCUGGCAACGUUCUUGGUCUUGUCAUUCUUCUUUUGUUUGUCUCACUUGCUUUCUUAUUAUAAAUAAAUUAUAUUACCGUUUAUAGAUACUUUUAUUACAAUAAAGAGAAAAUAAAUAUUUUACAAAUAGAAAAUUUAAAGCUUUCUAGAUCAAUAAAUUUAUCAAAUUCUGCAACAAAAUUUGUUUAUUUAUUGUUAAAUUUAAUUGUAAUUAAAUAGGCUGCUAUUUCAAGUAUGUAGAUUAUCUACCAAUAGAGGUGAUCUAGUUAUCAGUUCUUGGGUUAACACUUAAAUUAUAAUUUGUAGGUGUGUAUAAGAAAGUUUGUAUGAUUUAGUGACAUGUUCACGUAUAAUUUUAACUUUCCAAUAUAUCUUUUUGUAAACAAUGUUUUACAAUUUACUUGUCUAAAAUUUGAAAAUUCUUUUGUAUUAUUUUAAAUUUUUCUCUGUGUGUAUUUUAAAGUAUCAAUAUAAAUAAAAUAAUACAUUAUGUUAUUUAUUAAUUAAUUUAUAACUGUAAGUGUUCAUUUUUAUUAUAAUUUGUAAACAUAUAUAAGAGUAAUAUUAACUCUUCAUUUUGUAAAAUAAAUUUAGCUGCAAGAUAUGAGCUUAUUUGGGGAUGAUUACUAAUUAUUAUUCAGAGACCACAUAAUGGAUUGGGAUUAUUUUAGUUUGUGUCUAUUAUCUUGUAUAAAUUUUGAUACAUUUUUAUGAGAAAUAAAUUAAAUGUCAUGAUUUUUUUAAGGUUCUGAUGUGGAUUCUGAUAUUAUAAGGCAGUGGUAAUCUUCCACCAAAACAAGUAAAAGAUAUUCUUUUACCCAUAAGAAUGUAUUGCUUUGUUAUCCAUUUGACUGUACUUUUGCUAACAAUUCAAUCUAAAAAAUGAUUCAAAUUAAAGUGAUAUAUUUAUUUUAUUACAAAUUAACUCAGUAACAAAUUUUUGCAUAAAAUUAUCUUUUGUUCAUGUAAACAUAAAUGUGACUUGCAAUAGGAUUUACUCAACAAUGUUAUUUCAUACUGUUAUAGUUAUAAUCUAAAACUAGAUUAAAAAUUGAGCAUCUAAGAAAAAAUGUUUUUAAUAUGUCUAAAACUGACAUUGGUAAGAAUUUUUUUAAAUUUUUACAGUUAAAAGUUAGUUUUGAGGACUCCGAUUCUAUAAUUAUGAUAGUACAAUAGAUAGUGGAUGUUUCACAGUGAUUGUUGAGUGGUUUUUUAUUGCAUAAUUUUAAUUUAAUACAACAGACCUAUUAAUUUAAAAACAACAAUGAGAUACAUAAUGGAUCUUUCAGUCCACUUGUAUUUAUUUUAUUUUGUAUUAACGUUUUGCCCAGUGCAAAACGUUAAUAUUUUAACUAUGUUAGCAAUGUUAGACAUAGUCUAAACAAAAAAACUAGAUGAUUAAAAAUAUCACGGUAUCAGCCACUGAAGCCUCAGAACUUAAAACUAUUAUGUUGAUUAGUAUCUGUUAAAAUACUUCCUUAGCUGUGUUCUUAAUAAUAUUUUUAAAACAAGACCAUGUACACUUUCAAAGUAAUUUAAUUCAAAAGGGAGUCAAAUUAUAUCUUAAAGAAAGACAAAGAAAAAUGUAUAUUUCAAAAUUUUAGUGAUCCUGAAGUUGUUUGGUUCAUGUUUACCAAACUAAAUAAUCCCUUUUUAUACCAAAUUUAUAAAUCUAUUUACACUAUAAUUUAGGGUGUUACAUUUAUAACAAUAUCAAUAUUGUACCUUUUCCUUGAAACUUUUAAUUGAUAUUAUUUAUUUUUAUCAUCAAUUUAAUUUAAACUAUACAGUUUUAAUAUUGAAGAAGAGUACUUUCAAGUGCUGCUCAGCCUAUAAUGAAUAAUGUAAACGUUACUGUAAUUCAGGUAGUUGCAUAUAACUAUAGGUUGCAAUCCUGUUAUGAUCUAGCCAAAAACAUUAUUUUGUUUGGGAACGACUAAUAUUGUGCUGUUCCUUGUGAAAUGAAAUCUUAAUUUCUAGUAAACGCUAGUUUGUAAAUAUCUUUGUAAACAAGCCUGAUUCCAGAUUAGAAUAAGUUAAACUUAGGUACCACUUAUUUGUAAUGUACAUUAGUGUCACAAAUAAAUUAGUUAUACUCCAA